AUGGAGCAGGUCAUCCAGCAACUUCAGGCGCAGGUCCUGCAGCUGACUCAGCAGUUGCAGGCGGUCCAACAGGGCGCGGCCCAGCAGGGCGGCAUGGCGGACGCGGUGGCCGCCAUCAGGGAGCUCGCCAGGGCCCAGGCGGACAGAUCUCGACCGACGCUGGUCGACACCAGGGGCCUAGGGAGGCCGAAGGUCUUCAGCAACAAGGAGGACGAUUUCCAGAACUGGUCCCAGAAGGUGGAGUCGUUCUUCAGCGGGGUGUUCCCGGAGGCGGAGCGGCUUCUGGAGUGGAGCGCGGACCAAGGAGGAGAGGUCGAGCUGGACGCGGUCAGGGACGAGUUCGGGGAGCUCCAGGACGACCCUGAGCGCAGGGUCGAGCAGCUGGAGGCGAUCACGCAUCAGCUGUUCACGGCGCUGAUCCAGCUGACGGAGGGUGAGUCGCUGAACAUCGUGAAGAAUUCUAAGAAGAACCCGUACGAGGCGUGGCGGCGGCUCCAGAAGAGGUUUGACCCAGCCACGGGAGGCCGCAAGAGGAACCUCCUUCGGACGAUCCUGAAUCCAGGGAGGUGCCGCAUUGACGACCUGCAGGCGUCGAUCGAGCGGUGGGAGAACUACGUCUCCAGGUAUGAGAAGAAGGUGAACCACGCCAUGGACGACGAGCUGAAGCUCGCAGGGUUCGAAGCGCUGGUGCCUGAGGAGCUGGAGAAGCACUUGAUCAUGAAUGCGAACAGGCUGCAGACGUAUGAUCAGGCGAGGCUCGAGGUCGUCACAUACGUGGAGGCCAAGACGGGGCUUCGCAUCAGGGACAAGAAGCCGAGCGACAACAUGAGCACUGACCCAGACGCGAUGGACACCUCGGCGCUGAGCCUCAACUCGCUCAAGGGCGGCAAGAAAGGUCCGAAGGGAGGAUGCUACAACUGCGGAGGCAACCACUUCGCGAAGGACUGCAAGAAGGGCAAGACUGGCCAGAGCAGGGACUCCAAAGGCAAAGGUGUUUGGUCGAUGGGAGCGUUGACCUUAGGCAGUCUCGAGGAGUGGAAGCCGGAGGUGCCGAAGGACAUCGGCGCGAUCGAGGACAGCAAGUACGAGUGGGUCAAGAUGAACCUGGACUCGGGAGCUGGGGUGACCUCGUUCCCAUUGGAGUUCGGGCCGGAGAGCACGGGCAACGGCAGCCUCUACAAGACGGCAAGCGGCGAGUGCAUUCCAGACGGGGGCCCUUGGGAGUUCCUCGGCUAUGACGAGAACGGCCGGUGGAGAUCCUUGAAGGGCAGGCUCAGCGGCGUUCACAAGGUGCUGUGUUCUGCAGGCAAGAUGGCGACGAAUGGCGGGCAGAACUUCUACAUGACGGCGGACGGCGGCUGGAUCAUCCCGAAGGACUCGGACAUAGGCCGCGAGAUCGACAGGUCCAUCGAGAGGUGCGUCAGCUGGUACGGCACGGACGAGUUGAUCCCUCUGUACUUGGAGGACCAGGUGUACAAUUUCUACAUGCAGAGGGAGAUCUCGGCGACCACCGUCGAGAGGAAGAAGGAGGUCGUCACGGGGGGCUCGAGUUCGGGAAACGGCUCGGGCAGGGCGCCAGAGCGCCCGAGACGGGCGAGGACGAUCAAGGAGCUGAAGCACAGGGAGCUGAAGCACAAGAGAGAGUUCGAGUUGGAUCCGGAGUUCGGCGAGAACGUGGUACCGAUUGUGGCCUUCGACUACGGCUUCAUGACGCAAGAGGGCGCGGACACGUAUCCGAUCCUGGUGGUUCGGGAGACCAGGUUCAAGCAUACGGCGGCGACGUGCGUGGAGGCAAAGGGCGUGAACGCCUACGCGGUUGCGUUCAUGGUGGGGCUGAUUCGCGACUUGGGCUACCGUAGGCUGAUCCUCAAGUGCGACAACGAGCCCGCCACCAAGGCGCUGCAGAAGAAGAUUGAGGAGAGCGUCGUCGGAGUCGAGAUCCUACCUCAAGGACCGCCCGAGGGAGACCAUCGAGCGAACGGUCUGGUAGAGGCGGCGGUGAGGGAGGUCAAAAGGAUGUGCCGAACGAUACGUGUCGCUAUGGAACUGAAGAGAGGAGAGAGAGUUGAGGACGACCACCCAAUCCUGAGCUGGCUGCCCCGGUAUGCGGCGCAGGCGAUUAGCAAGAUGAGGAUCGGGACCGACGGCAAGACGGCGGAGAUGCGAAGGACUGGUCGCCGGUGGCGCAAGCCGCUAGCACAGUUCGGUGAGAAGGUCUGGUUCCGACGCAUCGGAGAGGAUGGAGGCAGCAGCUAUGCCAGCAGGAUGACCCAGGGGAGGUUCGUUGGCCAUCACGAUCGGACUGGUGCGACGUUGUGCAUGACUGGCAAAGGAGUGGUUCGCGGCAAGUCCUGGACGAGGCAGGCUCUAGAAGAUGCUUGGGAUAGAGCUGGCUGGGGCGAUCUGUGUGGGACGCCCUGGGAGAUGCUGGCCAAGGAGACCAAGCUGGAGAAGAAGGUGACAGCGGACAAGGAUGGCAAGGGAGAGCCCCUGCCAAACCCACCAGGGGUGGAGAGGGCGCCGGAGGUGGCGCCAAGGAGGUUCUACGUCCUCACGGCAGACAUCGAGGACCAGCAAGAGAGGCUGCAGCGGAACCAGCGGCGCCGCCGGCGCCGACAGGAGGAGGAGAUGAACAGAUGCGCGCUGAUGAGGAAGGCGACGGACGCGUUGCCGGAGAAAGACAAGAAGCACGAGGAGUGCCAAGAGAGACGCUUCGAGUACCGCAAGAGGUGA